AUGAGCGGCGUGAUCGGCCCCGACUCUUCGGUCACCGUCCACGUGAACUUCAAACCGCUGGAGGAGAGGCCCUUCAAUAUCAAUGUGGCAUGCAACAUCAAGCGCAAGAAGGAGCCGGUGAUUCUCAAUGUGAAGGGCGUGGGAUACAAGAUCCAUGCCUCCUUGGCCAUCGAGGAGCCAGCGGGUCGGCGAGUCAUCAACGCCGGAGUGCUGGAACCACUGGACAUGGGCAUGUUACAGGUGCACGAGCGGCGCGAGUUGGUGCUCUACCUCAGGAACGACAGCAAGCGGAACUUCAACUACCGGAUGCAGAUGUUGGUGGGUGCGAACCGGAAGCCAAAGGCCAUUGGUUCGAUGGAGAAGCCGCCCUACAUCGCUCUUUCCAGCCCUCAAGGUGUGGCCAUUCACCACGAGGAGACACCCAUCGAGUUGAAGUAUGCGCCACGGGAUGCGCAUAUGUUGGACGGCAGCAUCCUACAGUUGGCCAUCCCAGCUGGUCCUGUGGAGGAGACCUUCUCGAUCGCCCUCACGGGCGGUGCCAAGCGCUCGAGAGUGGAGUUCUCCUUCCUCAGCCACGAUUUCGGGCCUUGCUUCAUUGCUCGCGGUGGUGCGACCAUGGCUGGGGAGCCCUUCGCACCCUCGGAGGACAUGAGGUACGAGCGAGUUGACUUGAUCGCCACCAACCGGGACGACAGCGACUGCCUGAUCUCUACGACGUUCCAGAGGGAGCCUUGGUUGGACGUGCAGCUCAAUGCGGCGAUGAUCGAAGCAGGUGGCUCUCUGCACAUUCCCAUCGUCUUCUCACCCAGAGAGGUCUGUGAGUACAUGCAGAGAAUUGAGUUCAUCGUCAACGACUACACCCGCAUGCAUCUGGACGUACGUGGGCGCGGCUGCCCCUUGAAGCUGGAGCUGACCGAGAGUGACAUGCAGAACAUCGACUUUGGAGUCACCCGAGGCAACGAGCCCGUGAGCCGUCACCUGCGCCUGGUGAACCGUUCCCCGCGUCCCGUGACCUUCCGUUUGAGCGAGGAGGGCAUGGCAGAGCACGCCGUCAGCUGGAGCCCAGCGCAUCCCUGCACCCUGCGGCCUCGGCAGACCGUGGACUUCGAGCUGCGCUUCAAUCCCACGUACCGCAUCGCGCCCUUCCGCUUGCCCUUGGUCGCCCAAUGCGAGCACGGUGUCGAGGUGCGGCUGCUGUACAUGACCGGCACCUGCCACGCCAUCGAAAUGCGCUUGAGCGAGCACUCGGUCUUCUUCGGGGAUGUGGUCGUGGGCUCCCAGGCCACCAAGGCGGUGCGGCUCCACAACUUCGGCGACCUGGGCGCCAAGUUCCGCUUCGAGGUUGGAGCCAAGUACUCCAAAAUCUUCUCGGUGACUCCUUCCGAGGGCUUCGUCCGUCCCCAGGAAGACAUCAACCUCACGGUGGCCUUCCAUCCAACGCAUGAGAGGAUCCUUGAGUUCAAGCGCAGCGACAAGCAAUCUAGGAAGAGCCUGAAGAUGGAUCUCAAGGACGUGAACAUUGGCAUCACCGCUCGAGACAUUCGUUGUGUUCUGGAAGGUCAUGCGCCCCUCAUGCUGGAG